AUGCAGUCGUCUCUGCUGUCGGUUCUCGCGGUCGGCGGGCAGCAGGUGCUGGACGGCGCUCUCUCUUACGGCGAGCUCUCCUCCUUCUUCAUGUACACCCUCUUCCUCGGCUUCAACGCCGGCAACAUCGCCACCGCAUACGCCGAGCUGCGCCGCGCCGCCGGCGCGUCGGAGCGCGUUCUCGCCCUCAUCGGCCGCCCGCCUCCUCUGACCGGGUCCGGCACGCUGCCGGACUGCCGCGGGGAGGUCGCCUUCGAGAACCUCCGGUUCGCCUACCCGACGCGACCGGCCGAGACGAUCCUCGACGGGCUCAGCUUGCGCGUGCGGCAGGGGGAGCGUGUCGCCGUGAUUGGGCAGAGUGGCUCAGGCAAGUCGACGCUCAUCUCCCUCCUCACGGGGCUGUACGAGCCUGCGGGGGGGCGAGACAUCGCCGAGAUAUGGCCGAGAUUAGCCCUGUACGAGCUUGCGGGAGGGCGCGUGUGGGACCUCGACUAG